UUCAAGAUGGCGGACAAGUUCGAAGCGAUCGAAUCCCAUUUAGAGCUUUUCAUCGAAAAUACUCGCCAGCUGGGUAUAAUAGCGAGCGAUUUCAAGCCACAAGGACAAAAUGUACUUAAUCAAAAAAUACAUAAAAUGAUAACAGAUAUGCAGGAGAUUGACAAGCUAAAAGCUCAAGUCCAAGAUGUUCAAGUUCCAUUGGAAGUUUUUGAGUAUAUUGAUCAGGGUAAGAACCCAAAUCUGUACACAAAGGAUUGUCUGGAAAAGGCUUUGGUGAAAAAUGAACAAGUCAAGGGAAAGAUUGAUGCAGUAAAGAGAUUCAAGAACAUGUUGAUUGUAGAAUUAAGCAAAAGUUUCCCAAAUGAAAUGGCCAAGUACAGAGCUUUGCGAGGGGAUGACAGGCCUACGUGACCUGCAGCAACUUGUGGACUUAGUUACUUAAUGCUCAUUUUGAGUUUUGAUGCGGAAAGAGCGCUAUUCUUCUCAAAUAGAAGAUAUGAGGUGAAAGACAGCAAGUCGGACCUGUCAUUGGAAGGUGUGCCUGACCCGUCAUUGGAAGGUGUGCCUGACCUGUCAUCGGAAUAUGCCUGGCCUGUCAUCAGAAUGUGUGCCUGGCCUGUCAUCAGAAUGGGUGUGUGACCUGUUAUCAGAAUGCGUGUGUGACCUGUCAUCAGAAUGUGUGCCUGACCUGUCAUCAGAAUGUGUGCCUGACCAGUCAUCAGAAUGGGUGUGUGACCUGUUAUCAGAAUGUGUGCCUGACCUGUCAUCAGAAUGGGGUCCUGACCUGUCAUCAGAAUGGGGGCCGGACCUAUCUUUAGGCCUGUCUGACCUAUUAUCAGAAUGUGUGCCUUAUUUGUCAUCAGAAUGUGUCUGAGAUGUCAUCAGAAUGUGUCUGACCUAUCAUUAGAAGGUGUUUGGCUUGUCAUCAGAAUGUGUGUCUGACCUAUCAGAAGAAGGUGUUUGGCUUGUCAUCAGAAUGUGUGUCUGACCUAUCAUUAGAAUGUGUCUUGAGAUGUCAUCAGAAUGUGUGUCUGACGUAUCAUAAGAAUGUGUCUAACAUGUCAUUAGAAUGUGUCUGGUUUGUCAUCAGAUUGGACCUGCAUUGAAAUUUGUCUCUGGCCUGA